CCCCGUUUGUGAUCCCAAAUGUUUGGUCGUUAGAUGGGUAAAUCUCAGUCAAUUAUCUCAAAUGAUUAUAAUUUCGAGCCAAACACACAGCAGGAAUAUUCUUAAGUAUCCAUUAGAUCCCCAACACUUGGUCUGCACUGGUUAUAACUUAUAAACAUCGAAGAGGUUUCCAGGAACAGACGUACAUGUUGACGUAUAUCUUUCCGCAAAGAUCCAUUUUGAUUUCCAUAACGUGGAAUAAAUCCUAACAUCUCUAACCACCCCCAUCAAUCAACGUACGAUCAACAAACCAAUAUGUACAUUGAAAUAAUUAUUGAUUGUUAUAUCCGGCAACUGUUAUAAUCAUUGAGAGGUUUGAAUGAGAACAUUAUAACACACUAGAUAACAAAAACAAAGCUGUUUGUCAUAUACAUAUUUACUUUACUAGAUAAAUACAUAUUACAGUUUGCAGGCACACUGUUGCUGUGGUUUGGUGUUUUAAAUUUUUUUAAAAACUAUCAAUUUUGCAGCGCAAAAACCCCUGAGAUGAUUAUUAUUAUUCACAAUUUUCCAAAAGCAUAUCACACAUGAAUAUGAUAUGACAUGCAAAUAUCUUUCAAAAAGAAAGAUCACGAAAAAACACUUGGUCCAUGGGGUCCAAUAAUCUUAGUUACAAGGAAAAACAUAUCUAAGAACUUUUGAAAUUCACAAAAAGUCAUAUCUUUUCAAAAACACAAAACUUUGCAUUAUUUAAUUUUACCCAAAAACCAAAAGUUAAUAAAGAAAAAAGAAAAGAAAAGGAAGACUACGAAAACAAUACAUGCAAAUACACACAAGAGACAUGCGUGUCUGAGUGUUUGUGUUUUCGGGAAAGCCAAUACCUUUACUGUGUGCACAUGUGUGUAUCCACAGUCCGCAGAGACGUACGAACCCUUUAACUCAUUUCACUCUCAUGGGCCACACACUUUCACUCUCCACAAAUUACUAAUUCAGCCUUUUCACUAACCAUUACCGCAAAAAGCUACAACAACUAGAUUAGUCAAGACUAGUUAUCGAGGUUCAGGAAGAACGAAUCUUUCCCUUAAUCAGGUUUAGGGGUAAUUUAGUAAUUACGACAGAACACCACUUUAGUUCUUGAAACUAUACCAUCUCCAAUGUCGAUAGCAACUUCACUCUCCUCACAGUAAAAAAAAAACAAAGAUAACAAUGGCGGAAACUGAAAGACCCCACCGUUCUUCAAGUAUUAACAGUAGCAGCAACGCAAGAAACGCUUCUUCAUCUUCUUCAACUGAUUUAUUCAUUUGUUUCACAUCUCGCUUCUCUUCUUCCUCCUCCAUGCGCCUCUCUUCCCUCAGCCCAGCUCGCUCCGCCUGCCUCACCACUUCUCUCAGCCGACGUCUCCGCACGAGCGGCAGCAUAAAGAACGCUUCGGCCGGAGUUCUAAACUCUCCGAUGUUCGGUAAUAGCGGCGGACGUAAGAGAUCUGGAUCCGGCUACAAAAAUGGUAAUAAUAAUAAUAAUAAUAACAACAUAGAGCCGUCGUCUCCGAAGGUGACGUGUAUCGGUCAAGUGAGGGUGAAGACGAGGAAGCACGUGAAGAAGAAGAUGAGAGCGAGAUCUAGGAGGAGAGGCGAGACGAGCAGCUUCAGAAGAUCGUCCUCCGACCAAAACGACAGAGGAGGGUGUCGUUUCGACGCGAGCGAGAACCGUUGGGUUCAUUUCCCCGUGACUAUCUGCGAGUCGUUGAGAUCGUUCGGCUCCGAGCUUAACUGCUUCUCCUCCUCCUCCUCGCCGUGUAGAUCUUCUUGCACGGGGGGUAGCGACGGGCGGCGGCGAGGUGAGAGUAGCGGCGGAGGAGGAGGAGGAAGCUCGUGCUUCACGCGGUGGUUUGUGGCGGUGGAGGAGACGGGAGGGAAGAGGAGGGAGAUAGAGCUUGUGGUUGGAGGAGGGGAAGACGAGGAGGCGGCGGAGGAUGGGAGGAGGAGGAGUCGCCGGAGGCAUGUUUUCGAGGGGCUUGAUUUGAGCGAGAUUGAGAUGAAGACGGAGGAGAGGAGAGGGAGGGAGGAUGUUGGGAUGAUUAAUCUCUGUUCUCCGCCCAAGAACGCUUUGCUGUUGAUGAGGUGUAGAUCUGAUCCGGUUAAGGUGGCUGCGUUGGCGAACCGGGUUCGGGAGAGGCAGAUGUCGCUUGAUGAGGGAGUGUGUGGAGGAGAGGAGGAGGAAGAUGAGGAGAGGAGGAGGUUUGAGCUUGACUUGGAAGACAAGAAGCGGAUCGAGUUGUGUGAGAAAUGGAUUUCUGGAGAGACUAUUGUCGAGAGAGAAGUAGUUUCUAUUACAGAACCAGAAGCUCCCAAAGAGGAAGAUUCAGAAGAAGAAGCUUCGAAGGUACAUGAGGAAGAGAUUGAAGCUAUGAUCAUCAAACACAUUGAAGACGAUCUCAGAAACGCUAUAGAGGAAGAAGAAGAAGAGGAGGAAACGGCUGAGAUGGAAGAAGAAGAAAGGAAAGAGGAGGAGGAGGUAGCUGCCUCUGUCACUGUGACUCCAAACGUGGAAAGAUCCAACCAAGGAAACAGAGAACCCGACCCGAGUCCGGAAGUGAUAAUGAGAGGAGAAACUAUGGAGAAAGAGAAGACGACGCCGUAUAAGGUGUUACCGGAUUGUCUACUGCUAAUGAUGUGCGAGCCGAAGCUAUCGAUGGAAGUCUCCAAGGAGACUUGGGUCUGCUCCACGGACUUCGUGAGAUGUCAACCGGGAAGACCUCCGGCGAAGAAGAUAACCGAAGCCACCGGAGAACAUCAUCACCAUCAUCAUCAUCAACAACCCAAGAAACGAAUCGUCACCGGCGUUGACUCCAACGCAUCUUCUCGCCGGCGUUCAGUCGAUAAACGACCUGUUCACCAUUCGCUGUUACAGCCGCCGAGGUCAUCCUGCUCGUACCCAGCUGCUCCGCCGUUGUUAACGACGGCUGCGUCGGUUAGAGAGCAGAAGGUAGGAGGAGGUAACAAGGCGUACGAGCCGCCGGUGCUGCCGCGUUGCAAGUCGGAGCCGAGGAAGUCGGCUUCGAAGCUUGCGCCGGAAGCUUGUUUCUGGAAAAAUCGGAAGCUCGAGCCGCAUCCUCAAGCUUCUGUCGGAGUCGGCGGCGGCGCCGGAGUAGGGUUCUAGAAGAAAGGAUUGAGUGGGAAUAAGAGAAACUAUUUGGGGUGUAAUAGUAAUUUCCGAGAAUUAUUUGUCCUUGUUUGUAAAUUUUGUUUUGUUAGUCACGAUUAAUUUCUUGCGCUAUUCCGAUGGUUUUUCAUAAAAAUCUGUAUCCUUCUUUUGUCCGUUAGUCUAAUGUCUUUCUCUGGUCGAUAA